CCAAUGUGGAAGAUAUUAAGGCGGCAUAUGGUAUUGGUGUAUAGUGGAAACAAACAAACCCACACGUUUAAAGGAAAUAUUUUAAUUGUGUAUCCAUGUUUUGUCGCAUUUGUUUGAUUUUUUUAUUUAUUUUAUUUUAUUUUUUGUAAUGAAAAUUUUGCCCGGAAGUCUCCAAGACGAGGAAUUUGUGACUGCUGUAGAGAAUUGCUUUUACGGCUGUGUUCAUGCUGACAUGUGAGAUAAGCAGUGAGGAAAUAAUGUUAGAGGAAGACAUGAAGACACAUCUGCUCCUCAGCCAUCUGGAAAGUGACAUGCACUGCCCGCUGUGUUCUUUGUCUGGAGUAUCCUACGAUGAACUUUGCAACCAUAUUAAUUCUGCACAUCCAGACGAGCAGCACACAGCCCAAAUUUCAUCUGAUUCCAUUUCCCUUUGUCCUUCUACAACUAGCACUAGUUUGACAGAGAUUGAAGAUCCCCAGACUACAGGCAGCAGUGGUACAGAUUUCAAAGCAAACCCCUGUGGAUCAUCAAGUGACUCAUUUCCUCUUCAACUGAGAUUUGAUGCCAUGUCGACACAAAGUAAAGGGGUUUUAACAUCUGAGGGGACUUCAGCUAUCUCAUCAUCAUCUGUAAGUCCCAAAAAAAAGCGUGGUCUUGGGACGUCCGUUCCUGUUCUGGCAAAUACUGGAUAUUUAUCUGAGCAGAACAAUCCCAAACAGAAGCGCCUAGCUUCUCCAAAGAACGGGCUUUUCUGUUGCCCCAUGUGUGCACAAAACUUCAGCAGCAGCAGCAUCCUGCAGGAGCAUGUUGAGAUACACCUGCAGGAACACCACUCUGCUCAAGGAGAGGAGAAACUUGAGUGCCCUAUGUGUCCAGUUGUUUGCACCGAUAGCGUCUCUCUGCAGCAGCAUGUUGAAAUUCAUCUUGACAAUGGAGCAGGGAGCUCUGAUUCAGAUGCAAGACUGGCUUGGAGACUACAGCAGGAAAUGGAGAAGAAGAGGCGGGAGGAGGAGAAACGACUGGAGAAAGAACAGUUUAAGAAGUUGCAGAAGCAGUUUGGUCUGGAUGGAAGUGGCGGCUAUCGCACACAGAUGGAGAAGACCAUGGAGAGAGAUGUGGCCAGGGGCAUCAUGGCCCCCGCAGAGUAUCACUAUAAGAGGGUGGAGAUGAUGGAGUCUCUUGCCUCAGGAGUUGAUGACGGCAGAACCAGAACUCAGGGUGUCAUUGGAGCCUUGUGCCAGUACUAUCAAACAGAGUGCAGAGACUGUGUGCAUGUGUGGCUGAGCGCUGACACUGAUCACUAUUGCUCCUCUCUGGGAGACAAAGGCUGGGGCUGUGGUUACAGAAACUUCCAGAUGCUGCUCUCCUCUCUUUUCAGACUAGAUACAUAUGCUUCCUCUUUUCAAGACAAUGCAGUGCCAAGUAUCCCACGUGUGCAGAGUAUGAUUGAGGAUGCGUGGAAAUUAGGACUGGAUCCUCAAGGUGCAUCUCAUUUUAACAGUCAGCUACAGGGAACAAGAGGUUGGAUUGGCGCCACAGAGAUCUACGUCCUCCUCACUUCUCUAGGAAUCAGCGGCUGCAUCAUUGACUUCCACCAGCCAACAGGCCCAGGAGGCACCCAUCCCCGGCUCUUUGAGUGGGUCAAACACUACUUCAGUCAGUCCAGCAGCACUAGCAGAUUGCCUCUAAGACUAAACCAGACCUCCCUGCCGCCACUAUACCUGCAGCAUCAAGAUUUAAAAAAGGUUUGGUUCAAUUGUCUCAGUUGGGUUCAAUAUGGGGAAGAAUGCAGACUUGACAACUGGCCAGAAGACCAUCAUUGAUACCCUCCAUAGGAUGGGUAAGCCACAAAGGUUCAUAGCUAAGGAGGCUGGCUGUUCACAGAGUGCUGUGUCCAAGUAUAUCAAUGGAAAGUCUAGUGGAAGGACAAAAUGUGGCAGGAGAAGAUGCACCAGCAAAAGAAAUGACCGUGGGCUUCAGCGGAUUAUCAAACAGAAGAUUCAAGAAUCUAGCAGAGAUCCAGAAAGUGUGGAAUGAGGCAGGAGUCACAGCUUCAAAAGCCACCACAUUCAGCCGCAUCCGAGAGAUGGGUUACAACUGUCGGGUUCCUCGGGUCAAGCCACUUCUGAGCCUGAGCCGACGUAGGAAGCGUCUCAACUGGGCCAAGGAGAAGAAGGACUGGACUGUUGGCCAGUGGGCCAAGGUCCUCUUUUCCGAUGAAAGUGUGCCAUUCAUUCAGGAAUCAAGAUCCAAGAGUUUGGAGGAAGACGGGUAAAGAACAGAACCCAAGCUGCUUGAGGCCCAGUGUGAAAUAUCCACAGUCAGUCAUGAUUUGGGGUGCACUGUCCAGUGCAGUUGUUGGUAAACUCUACUUUCUGAAAUCCAAGGUCAGUGCAACAGUCUACCAGAAUGUUUAGAGGACUUCAUGAUUCAUUCUGCUGAGGAUCUGUAUGGAGAUGCAGAUUUCAUCUUCCAGCAGGACCUGGCCCCUGCUCAUACCGCCAGAAACACCAAAACCUGGUUUGAUGCCCAUGCCAUCACAGAGCUUGACUGGCCAGCUAACUCGCCAGAUCUAAACCCCAUUGAGAAUCAUUGGGGCAUUAUCAAGAGGGAAAUGAGCGGCACCAGAUCCACAAACAAAGAAGAACUGACAGCAAGCAUCAAGGAACUAUGGUCUUCCAUAACUCCCAGGCAAUGCCACAGGCUGAUUGCCUCAAUGCCACGGCGCAUCGAGGCAGUGAUUAAAGCAAAGGGAUUCCCAACCAAGUAUUGAAGAUUAACAUAUCAUUUUGAAAGUACCAAAUUAUGUAAAAAUAAAUAAAUACUUGAAAUUGUUUACAUUGUGGGCCCUGAAUCUAUAAUCUAUGAAAGUUUAACUGUUCAAAGGGAAUUAUGGAAAUAAAUAAACUUUUCCAUGAUAUUCUAAUUUUUGAGAAAGGGUCUGUAUGUGAUGCACAGGCGAAUUUCUGGGACUGAGAAAGCAGUCACGUCGAGUGGACGCAAAGAAUACUCCGAGACACGGGCGGUUGGGCUAAAUCAGGUUUAUUGAACAAGCCUUUGUGUUUUAACAGCUGUUUUCCUGGUCAGAUUUGCUAUGAGCCCAGCACUGAAAAAUUAUUUUUGAACGUACUCUGUGUAUAAAAUGUUCAUCAUCACUGGUAUGGCAGGUUGUAUAAUGUUUUCCUGUCACUUUCGAAAAUGGCAUGGCCUUAAGCGGGCAGAGGACUU